AUGAGCAAAGCUCAUCCAGCACGUUAUACUUCACCACCACGAGAUUCAGCAGCCAGUCACAAGGACCUCAUCGCUGGUAAAGUUGCCUCCAAGUCGAAGGAAAAUCGGCUUGAUGCAAUCCGCUGGGCACCCAAGCGCUGUGAUCUAAUGAUUGGACACCGGCUGCCACGCGAUCCUCCCGGCGAUCCCGUGGAGCAGCAACUUCGUGCUGCCUUGCAAUUGCGCCAAGAUGCGUGCAAUGCCAUGCAUGUGCUGCGACAAGCUUUCGCUGGCCUCUAUCGCACGUCGGAUAGCGAAGUCGUGACACAGUCCGGACACUGGAGAAUGUUCACUGUAAAUUCUCUGCUGAAAAUGUCCACAACUGUAUCAUACGAGUGUAACAGAAGAUGUACCCGCAAUGUCUACUGGAUUUGGCUGGACUGUAAUUCUCUUUCUCUCGUGUCGUGGUUUGUAGGGGAGUGUCAAUACAUGACUGAAAUGCGAAACUUCGACUUCGACUUCGACCAGGAGCUUGUAUGGUAUCGAUCAGAACAAUCUCUCCGAAUCAAAUGUACGGGGAUUAAAAGGACGAGUCGUGGAGAGGAUGAUUGUAAGUCAGAUGCGAGGAGUCCCGUUCUCCCUAGUGAGCUGUAA